CAUACUCAUACAUGGAUAUACAAGCACUUGCUUCUCUGGGUCACGACCUAAAUUCUGGUCGUUUUCUUCAUCAAGUUGUAGAUGGAUAUGCAAGCACUUGGUUCGACCUAAAUACUGGUC